GAUGAAGACCCCAACCUGGUGGCAGGCCAGGGAGAUAGGAAGAGGGAGAGAAGAGAGUGUGGCUAGCCAGGGGGAGAGCAGUGGGGGGAGAGGGAGGCAGGGAGAGACGAGGGAGGUGGGACACAGGUCCCUGCAUGUGAGGGGAAAGAAAGAGGAUGUGACUAAAGGCUUGCCUCAACGUUCUGAUACACAAGAGUGGGAUGAUGUCCAGUUAAAUAUUCCCUAAUUAUCCCCAUCCUUCAGCUAAAUUUAUAAUGCCAGAGUGUAGCAGCCAGAUAAAGAAAACUAUGGGUUAGGGAGGAAGGAAGGACCAUCUACCCUCACCACAUUCCUAAUCUUAACCACCCUCCAGACAUCUUGCCAUGGUAGAGCAGAGUGCCAGACGGCCCUCAGGUGUACAGGUGAACUGGGUUGCCCUUAGAUCUGGGACCAGGCUAAACUGUGUUGGCCUGCUGUGGGGGGAAAGGGGUGAAUGGCAGCUGGGAUUCCCAGACCUGUUUGGACUAAAGCAAGCAGACAGCGUGGUAUGGUGCAUUCGCUGAGCCUAAGACCAGAGCUUACAUGUACACUUAAUAUGCAGGUGGAUAGGAUGCUACCUAACUGGUGAUAAAUCCAAGAGAUAUUGGACUUGGUGUCUGGGGAGAGUUUAAUCAUAUGGUGAUUUAAUGAUAGUUAUAUCAGCUAUGAAGUAAACACUGAGUGGCCAUCGUUACUUCUACAAAAAGGGGACCAGACAACAGACGCAUAAAGAUGUCUAAUAAAAACCAGUGUUUUGAUAAAUAACUGCAGACAAACAACUAUUACAGACAGACAAUAAAACACUGACAGGAAAAAACUAACUGUGUUGAUUUCCCCUGAUACUGUGUUAUAUUUACUCUCUGUCCCAAAACACAUGGUGUCACACCAGCUACCCCCCAGACCCGUCCCCAUCCCCCCCAGACCCGUCCCCAUCCCCCCCAGACCCAUGUCCCCUCCACCCUCUGCUAGUUGACAGUAUAAAUAUCUAACUCGCAGUGUGUUCUAACUCAGAGACCAACAGACACUGACCAGAAACCAGAGAGUGAGAAGAUGCAGAACAAUAACCCAGACAAAAAGAAAUGAAAGCAAAGUGAGAAAUAAAGAGACUGAGCAAGGAAUCCAACAGCAAGGAAUCCACAUUCUGAAUGGUUCCAUCCCAGAUCCAAUCUGAAACCCAGGUGACCCAUCCACCCGUCCUUCAGAAGGUGGCUCCCGGUAGCCUUGUGUCUGUCCUGCCUGGUGCUGUCUACCCAUGGCCAGGACAGAGCCUCCCUGCGACGCUCAAAUGACAACACCGGGCGCUGCCAGUACACCUUCACAGUGGACAACCCUGCCGAGGCCAGCUGCCCUGGGGCCAGAGGAGGACCUGAGAUGGAGGGGGUCGUCUCGUCUCACACUACUGGAGGCCCUGGUCAGCAGGCUGCUGGGAGGCGAGGGAGCCGGGGUAGAGGGGCCACGGCUGGGGGUGACAAGGCCAUCCAGGAGGUGUACUCCCAGGCCAUGGGAGAGAAGAGCCCGCUGCAUGAGGACAAGGAGCAGCUGAACAGGCAGGUGCAGGAACUCCAGAGGAGGGUGGAUGAGCUGAGUGUGGAGGCUGAGACACUGAGACAGACACCCUGCCACCAGUCCCAGGCCGCUGGAGCAGGACUGCCACUGCACAAGCUCAACCAGAGCCCAGCCAGUGGUGGGUUGCUACUGUCAACAUCACAACUGAACCCCUGAACUGUGUGAUGAUGCAUGAUUAUAUGUGUGACUUAGGAACUGUGGAUGGCGAGUGUUUGUUUAAUUGAUCGGGACGAAAUCAAAGUGUUGUAAUGUAAACUGGGUGGAGUACAAGUCAGGUUUCUGUUAGCUGUGCUUGGUUGCAUUAGCGGAAUGGUAUUAACGACACAGAAGCUCCUUUUACAGCCCUGUCACUCAUGCAUGUUACAUGUCAGUUUAAGUGUCUGUUAUCCUAUUGGGGACCGUGCCGUGCUGCAGGUUAAAUGACUGUGGCACCUAAUAAGAGGCUUUCAUGUUAUCAGCGUGUCAUCUUUGAAUGUGUUUAGGUUUAUCGAUACUGUAUGUUUUGAGUUUAUGACUUCAGCCACCAGAUCAAACAUUAAAUAAAACUAUUUUUUAUCUCCCUCCCUCUCCCUGUCUCUCUCUCUAUCCCCCUCUGUCAGACCCUGGCUAUGCCGCCUAUCAGGAGAUGAAGGCCGAGGUGACCGAGGUCCAUGCAUCAGUCUCAUUCAAGAAGCUGGGCAGAACCACACAGGUAUGACCUUCCUGACUCCCACUCAUAUCUAUCUAUCUCCCCCUGGUGGCUUCUUAGAGUCACUAUACACCAGAGCAUAUGAGCGGAGUGGAGCGUGAGCGGACGGAUUUUGAACAGAGCGCAGAGCGGCAUUUUUAAAAGGACGGAGCGUCGCCCUAUGUCCCGCUCCAAUUUCGCUCGCUCACACCAAGAGUCUGAAGCAUGCUCAAGCCUGACCCAGAAUCCAUCUGUUUAAUUUAAUUUGUGUCGUCCAAGAAUUUGUAUUUUAUAGAGCGAGGAGCAGCAGCAGCAACAAGAGAAAAGCGUUGAGGAAUUCAAAAGUUUAUUCACUGCAGGCAAAGGCCCAACCAUAACAAGGGAGAGAAAAAGAGAGCUGGAUGUAGCAUUUUAAAAAAUGAUUUUCAUGGACUAUGAACCGCUGAGUAAAGGAGAACGCGAAGGGAUGCAACACUUCGCCAGCGCAGCUCAACCGGGCUACACCCCCCCAAGAAACUAUGAUAAAUCAGUACUUUACUUUGUCAAAUUUACAUCUGAGAUGCCCCAUUCACAUGCUUCAGCUGGCGAUCAAAAACGCCGUUAACGAGCACGACAACAUUAAUAGGCUGUUAGUGAAAGUCGGGCACCUGGUGAAAAGUGUACGCAAGAGCACAGAGGAAACCGACCAAUUAGGUGUCCGCCCCACAAAUGCCUGCGCCAUUUGAUGGAGCAGCCAGCUGCGGAUGAUUCAGUCGUUCAUCCGGUUGUUCCAAAAAGACCCGUUAUGGCAAAACAAACUCAAGUCUAAUGUUUCUAACAUCACCCUGAAUCAAGUACCGCAGCUGACGCACCUUGUCCGUGUGCUGACACCACUAGCAGACCUCACAGACAAAAUGCAGAAGGAGCUGGGGAACCUGGGGAUGAUCCUCCCUGCUGUCACAUAAAUCAAAUCCCUGCUCACCGAUUACACUCACGCUGCACUUCCAAUGGGCAUCGCUGCUUUUGCAGAAACAUUGGCAAACAACGUGUCAAUUCGCUAUGGAAUAUACUAUACUGAUUAACAUCUCAUUUUAGCGUCAGUGUUAGAUCCCCGUUUCAAGACAGAAUGGAUAAUCCGAGAUGAGUCUGUAUGCAACAAAUUCGGGGAGAUAAAUUAAGGCUGUGGUUUAAGCUAAAAGUGAAAUACAUGCAGAUUUCGUUCCUUUUUUGGAGUGAGCGGGGGCGAUUUGAGUGGAGCGCGAUGCAAACGUGAGCGUGAGGAUAAUGAGGGAUGCGAUGUGCUUGACGGGGGGAGAGGGGAACACUCCGUCGAGGAGCGAGAUUUCACGCCCUCCAUCUUGUAUACACCAAACUAUAUAGAUGCAUGUCACCUCUCACAAUCCAAAUUCUUUUCAGAGAUUAUCAUAAAGAUAUGGAUAGCUUUGUGACAUUUACUGUAUAUUUCACAUAGCACAAUUUCCAAUGUGUAGAAGUUUGAAUUGAAUGUAACUAACCUCUAUCUGUUUGUCCAGGCUGUGGUGAGCUGGUGUCUGUAGGAGAGCCUGUCCUGCACCGGAAGGCUGACAGCAUCACAGGGAAGUACGGGGUGUGGCUGCAGGACCCUGAGCCCAUGGCCCCCCAUACGGCAACAAGACGCUGUGGCGCAUCGACACGGUGGGCAAGGACGUCCGCCAGCUGUUUGCAUACGAGGACAUGGAGCAGUUCGCCAAGGGCUUCCCCAUGAAGGUUCUGGUGCUGCCGGUGCCCAUGGAGAGCACAGGGGCCACCCUGUACCGCGACUCCCUCUACUGCGCUACGACCUGGCCUCCGAGAGCCUGGCGGCCCGUCUGGAGCUCCCCCACGCCAGCUUACACGGCCAGCACACCUACUCUUGGGGUGGCUACACAGACAUCGACCUGGCGGUGGACGAGCAGGGCCUGUGGGCCAUCUAUAGCACCAGCUCAUGUUUCAGAGGACGCAUGAAUCGACCUUCGCCUCUCCCGAGCCCGUUGGGGAGUUACAGGGAUGAGACAAGAUUGCAAUUGGGGAGAAAAAGGGGGUAAAAUACAACAACAAAAAGGUACUGUAUUGUCUAUGUUAAUUCUCUACUAAAGUUGUAUCUUCACUGUUGUGUAUUAUAUGUGCUCCAAUUACCAUUGUCAUUUUAUCUCUCAAUAACAUUUUAAUGAUAGAGAUCCCUAAAAAGUUGAUCAGUCUGCAUUUGUUUUGUUCAAUAAAUUACAGUGGGACAAUUUGCACAGAAUAUCAUUCAUGACCACACAUACACAAAUUGGAGGAUAUAACUGCAUGUUAAAAACCUCCAAAGAAAAAGUGUCAUGUUUUUUUUGUCCCUUGUGUAUUUCCAUUUGCUGUAUUUCCGUUUACUGAAUCAAUUUAAUUAAUUCCAAAGCCUUGAGAUACACAUUAAACUACAGAAUUAGCCACAGUACAUGAAUUGCAGAGCAUUUUCAACAGAGACUUUGUAGGUUUGUUUUUAACCUGUCAUGUGGUGCCAUCUGCUGGCCAUCAGUUGACUUGUCUAGUAUCAGAUCAAGGAGUUGUACAACAACAUUACAGCUAUGUAACCUGGAAUCUGCACUGAGACAUAUUCAGUGUGUAUUCCAGGUUAACAGCUACACUACAUGGGCAAAAGUAUGUGAACAUCUCAUUCCAAAAUCAUUGUCAUUAAUAUGUAGUUGGUCCCCCUUUGAUGCUUUAACAGCCUCCAAUCUUCUGGGAAGGCUUUCCACUAGAUGUUGCAACAUUGCUGUGGGGACUUGCUUCCAUUCAGCCACAGGAGCAUUAGUGAGGUCGGGCACUGAUGUUGGGCGAUUAGGCCUGGCUCGCAGUCAGCGUUCCAAUUCAUCCCAAAGGUGUUCGAUGGGGUUGAGGUCAGGGCUCUGUGCAGGCCAGUUCUUCCACACCGAUCUAGACAAACCAUUUCGUAUGGACCUCACUUUGUGCAUGGGGGCAUUGUCAUGCUGAAACAGGAAAGUGCCUUCCCCAAACUGUUGCCACAAAGUUGGAAGCACAGAAUCGUCUACAAUGUCAUUGUAUGCUGUAGCGUUAAGAUUUCCCUUCUGGAACUAAGGAGCCCGAACCAUGAAAAACAGCCCCAGACCAUUAUUCCUCCUCCACCAAAAUGUACAGUUGGCACUAUGCAAUGGGGCAGGUAGCGUUCUCCUGGCAACCACCAAACCCAGAUUCGUCCGUCGGACUGCCAGAUGGUGAAGCGUGAUUCAUCACUCCAGAGAACACGUUUCCACUGCUCUAGAGUCCAAUGGCGGAAGCUUUACACCACUCCAACCGACGCUUGGCAUUGCGCAUGGUGUUCUUUAGGCUUGUGUGCGGCUGCUCGGCCAUGGAAACACAUUUCAUGAAGCUCCCGACGAACAGUUCUUGUGCUGACGUUGCCUCCAGAGGCAGUUUGGAACUCGUAGUGAGUGUUGCAACCGAGGACAGACGAUUUUCUUUCAUUCUCACAGGCUCACCCACAGGAUUUCACUUCCUGUCCAACAAUAAGAUAAAGAAAUAAACUAUGUGGUUUGAUACUUCCCUAAGUUUUAUUCUUUUUUUAGUGUGAAGGUGAUAGGU